AUGCCGCUUGGGACGGCAUCUAUCAGCCUCGCAGAGGUGCGCGCUGUACAAGGUGGCGUGGCGAACGACGUACGCGAAGAUGGGCGCACACUGCUGCAGCGCCGGCCGAUACACAUCACGGCUCGGACGAGCCCUUCUUCCCUGGUCGGUGCGGCUUCCGGUGACGUGCAGGGGAGCUACAACGGCAGUUAUGUGGAAGUGAACGCCAGCGGCACGGUCGUGCUGGCGGCUGCCACACCUUCGGUUGUGGAUGGCUGCGCCACUGCCGACUCGAACUCUAGCGCUGGCGCAGAGCAGGAAUGCGCGCCCGACACUGGUAAGGGGCAGCUGUACAUCACCAUUGAUGCCGUGCCGCACGUGCUGGACACGUACGCAAGCGCCGUCGGGGGCCGAAACGUGGUCCGCUACCGCCGAGACUAUCUCGCCUUUUUGGCCUCCACUGUGCGGCAGGUGUUUGGCGCCGCUCAAGUGGAGGUGCAGGAGCAACAAGGCAUGGCGGAGGCUGAGGUGGUGCCGGAGGACGCUGGCGAAGUCAGUGACACGGCGGUCACGGUGUCGUCGGCGAAUUCGUCAGCUGGUAAAUCUGGGGCGGCAGCAGGGAGUCGCGGCGACCAUUUACUGAGCGGCUUCCCUGCGGCAGACUUGUACGUUGGCGAGGGCUUUGGCUUCAGGAUUCACGUUGACGUGCAUGUCCUGCAGUGCAGCGGCGGCAACCUCUUCACCGCUAUCGCGUACGCCGUCCACACGGCGCUCCGGUCGCUGCGCCUGCCGGCCGUCACCCUGCACAAGGCACCAGGAGACGGUGCAGGUGUCUCCGUCGAGGUGGAUCGCUCGCAGCCGUAUCGCAAGGCUAUCAGCUGGGCUCAAAUACCGCUGCUGUGCGUGCUGCUUGUGUCGCCAACUGGUCACUGCGUUGUGGACCCUACCUUGCGCGAGGAGUGGGCCAUGCCGCAGCAGGUGCAUGUUGCGGCUGGCGCGAGUGGCCAGGUCGUGUACUUCCGAUACCAGCAGCUUCCCUCGCGCCGCGGCAACACGUAUCAGCUGCGGUCUGCCGAGCCGUCAUCUGCCAGGGAUGAGUGCGCCGGCUAUGUGGCACCGCCGUCUGCGUUGAGUGUAAACGACUGCUGGUCCAUUUUGUCCGACGGCGUACACAUCUGUCAGGCGAUGCUGCACGACUGUGAGGAUGCCCUGACCCAUGGCGGGAGCGUGUAA